GUGAAUAAUGCAGGUUGUACGAUCAAAACAAGAGAAAAACAAGAAGAUGGACUUGAAGAGAAUUUUGCAACCAACACUCUUGGAACUUACAUCCUAACAACUGAAUUAAUUCCUCUACUUAGUAAAUCUAGUGAAGGCAGAGUGAUAACUGUAUCAUCAGGUGGCAUGUACACAGCAAAACUAAACAUUGAGGAUUUUAACAGUGAUAAGAUGAGCGAGUUUGAUGGUACUUUUGUCUGUGCUCAAAAUAAG